AUGAUAGAAACAACUAAUAAUUCUAUUAUUGGGUUAACUGUUAACAGAGAGUACUAUAAUUCAGCUCUUCUGAAUACCUUAACAUGUACAUUAUCACAAGGAACUAUUUUUCAUAUAACUUAUAUGACAGCAUACAAAAAACCAUUUAUAGUUCCAGGAAAUAUAAGGACAAUUUUUUUAACAAUAAUGUUAUUAGCAUCAUUUAAUAAUACAAUAAUUCUUCUUCUUCAAGGAUGUUAUUUUAUGGGAUAUUUUAAUGAAGGUACAAUGUCACUUAAAUUAUCAAGUUUUUUUCAAGCAUUUUCUAAUUUGACAUAUUAUCUUAUAUUUACGGCACCACUUUUUAUAACAAUAUGGAGAUAUUAUAAUAUUAUUAUGAUUAAAAAAUUAAGUACUGAAAAUGCAAUGUUAUUAUAUAUAAUAAUAACAUUACCAGGAUUAUUUGUAUUUAUAGAUAAUAUUUUUAUAUCAAAAAAAUUAGCAAUAAGUGAACCAUUUACAAUACGUUUUGAUAUAUCAUUAGAAAUUUCAAGGAUUAUUCAAAAAUAUUAUCAAACAUUUUCAAUAAUUUUUUUAAUAAUAUUUAGUAUUAUUUUAAUUUAUACACUUAAUAAAAUACAUCAAACAUUAAGGACAUACAAAAGUUUAGAAAUAUGUGGUAUAGAAAUUUGGAUAACAAUAGCAUACCUUUAUCAUGCAAUAAUUCCAUAUAUUCAUUGGGUUGUCACGACAAUACUUAUUUAUUUAACAGAAACAGAAAAAAUAAAUAUACAUAAAAAUAUAUGGUUAGGAAAUGAAAUAUUUAUUGGAAUUUUUGUUAUACUUUUUCCAUAUACUUUUGUUUUAUUUCUUAAACCAUACAGAAAAUUGAUAUUGAAGAAAUUUUAUUUAUAUAAAGAAAAUGAUACUUUAUCUAGUUAUGAAGUUCAACUUUAA